GAUUGCUCAUCCUUUUGGUGUUCGUCUGUCAGGCCGCGGUCAUCUUCCCAAAACGUCGUUGUGCGGAAAAAUCGCGUGUGUUACGCGUUUCUGUUCUCUGCCUGUUUGGUGCGUGCGUUUGUUUUAAUUGCGAGUGUGAAUUUGGCGAGGGAUUCUCACCCCCCCUCAAUUCGAGACCGAAAUUCCGGAAGUUCCGUAUUUUCGCCUGGUCACGAACGGGAAUCCUCAUUUUUGGUGUGGUCGAAAGUCUGUUUUCCUGCUCGGUGUCAAGUGAAAGGGAAAAUCGAAGUGUGCGUUUGUUCAGGAGAGUUUAGAAGCAAAACACGAGGCGAGACGCGGAACGGCAACGGGAUCAAAAUUAUUUGAUUAUCCUGUACGGAAAUAACGAAAAUCGAAAAGCGGUGCGGAGUUUGAAUCUACAGAAAGCUUCCCGAGUGCUAAUUCUUCCACGGUUCUCGUCUGGUAACUGUUGGAUUUUUCCCUUUGUCGUGAGUCGCAUUUUUCCUCCUGGAAAACGCGGUACGGUAUUUGACCGUGAAAAAAAGGAAGAAGACCGACAGUGAGUGGAAAAAAAACAAUAAAUCCCCAGCGGAAGAAUCUCGUUUCGAAAAGUGGAAAGGAAGCCUCUAUAUUGAACAUCUCGUCUAGCGUUCAAACAUGAUCAAAACCUCUACCAACACCUGCUGUCUGAUUUUGCCCAGGAUACGUUAUACGGAGCAACCGCUUUGACCAGUUCGAACACGAAACCCAACGCAUCGUUUGUAAAGACAACCACCAGAAGACACCAUCUUUGGAUUGGAUUGAAGAAAUAGAAGAAAAGCAGCGGUUCAGUUUCAGUCUGAUUUCAUCCCAGAAAACCUAAUCGACGCCAAAGAGUGGAACAUUGGUUUCACUGCCGAGACAAGAGAGAUUCGAUAGUUCCUCACAAAACCCUUCACUUGGUGGAAUUUUAACGCCCAAAAUUGAAUAGCUCCAAAAGCGGUGUGAUCACUCCUCGAUUGCACUAGUUUAAGUUUCUGGGAAGUUUUCUUCGGUUGAACUUUCCCCGUACGAUUCGCUCUGCCUGGGAGUCCAACCAGGUCCGCGUGUUUCCCUCGUGAGAAGUACCUUUUCGUUUCGGAUCCUUUUCGACGCGCAGCCUUGAGCCGAAAAGGAAAGCGAACGCUGACCAACUUUUUUCUUCAACAAACCUAAACCCCCAAAACGAUGGCUGUUUUUACAAAACUCUGCUUACCAGAUAUUGUCAAAUUAAAACGCUAGUUAGUAAAGCCUUUGUCCACCCCGUUGUUCGAGGAGGUCAUCUAUAGAAUUUACUAAUUUUAACGUUUUUUUAGGUACAAUAUCAGUUACGUUACAUCGGUUUUUCGUAAUCGUUAAGUCUUUUUUUGCAAAGCCACUUUUUUAUUUAAUUACUAUAGAAAGUACACUCAUAAAAUUAAUAUAAAUAAUUAAUAAUUUUAAUAUUACAAUUUUAACGAGUACUAUUCACUAGCGUAGUGCUUAAUCAUAAGUACUUUGGUCUGCUGAAAGAAAAACGAUUUCUAUACAAUUGUUUUCGAUUGUGCACUGAAUUGUGCCCGUUAUCGAGAUUGAUCGUUAGUAGAACUAUAGUUGGAACCGAAAGAGAAUAAGAAAGUUGGUAUCGCUCUAAAACCCUCCACGUUUUGGUACUUGAUAGCAAGCUACUUACUAUACACUUUUGUAUCUCAUAUACACUACCGCGAGAAGCGUGUAUUUAUUUCACAUCGGCGUAUAUCGUUAAGAUUCCACUUAUCUCCCGAUCCCGAAUAAGAACGUAAAUCUCUCAGUUUUAAAACUACGCAAAACAAACCCAUCGUCAAUCAUGGAAGCCUUCUCACCGGAAAUACUGUGGCUGGUGAUACUCGGCUUUGUGAUCGCCUUCAUUUUGGCAUUCGGUAUCGGUGCAAACGAUGUAGCCAACUCGUUCGGCACGAGCGUCGGAUCUGGCGUCUUGACGAUCCGACAGGCAUGCUGGCUGGCCACCAUCUGCGAAGUCUCUGGAGCUGUGCUGAUAGGGUACAAAGUGUCCGACACGAUGCGGAAAGGUAUCUUAGACGUGGAAAUGUACAAGGAUACGGAGACGGAGCUCAUGCUGGGUUGUCUUUCGGCGCUGGCCAGUUCCGCUCUGUGGCUUUUGGUGGCUACCUUCUUCAAGCUGCCCAUCUCCGGUACGCACAGCAUCGUUGGCUCCACAAUUGGCUUCAGUUUGGUAGCUCGUGGUAUGCAGGGACUCAAGUGGACCACCCUUGGUACGAUUGUGGGAUCGUGGUUCAUUUCCCCGGUGCUGAGUGGGCUGAUGAGUGUUCUGCUGUUCUGGUUGAUUCGGAAAUGCAUUCUGCGCUCUAGCAAUCCUCUGGAGAAUGGACUUUUUGCUUUGCCGUUUUUCUACGGCGUGACACUUGCCGUUAACGUGUUCAGCAUUGUACAUGACGGUCCAAAACUUCUGUACAUGGAUAACAUCCCUACCUGGUUAGCACUUGUCGUAUCCGUGUCGAUAGGAUUAAUCGUUGGCAUUCUGGUUCAGUUGUUCGUUGUUCCAUGGCAGAGGAGAAAGAUUCUGAAUCACGAGACGAAAAGGCGAACGGAAUUCACCGUGGGUGAUUCAGAUUGCGAUUCUUCCUCGAAUGGUAGUCCCCGCCGUCCAAAGCGUCCUCUGUCGUUGGUCGGCGACGCCAAGGGACUUCCUGCCAUCACCGAAACAACUGAGCUUGUGUCACUGUCAUCUCAGCAUCAGCACAACGGUUUAAUCAAGAAACUGUCCAUCGACCUAUCACCGAGUGUCAUCAAGGGAACCAGCCCGAACCCGUACAAAAUCGAUCCUAAGAUUGUGCAGAAAGCAGAAAACCUUCUCGCUGCCAACAAAGCUAGCUUAGACAACACCGAUCUAACCAUCACGAGCCUCAAUUAUAUCGACGAAUAUCAGUCGACGAUGAAUGGAACCGGCCGAAUGGGACUAAAUUCGUACUUCGAUCGCCGUAAUAGUAGUAACCUUUCUCCUAAAUCACAUGAUUCUGUUACAAUGAGUAAUGGUGUAAAAGACCAAUCGACAAUCGUCCAAAAUGGAAAAUCUCCUACCAGCCCCAAAAGUGAUAGCACUCUUCCGAUCGCUGACUACACACUGGCUCCGCCCAAUAUCAUUCUCAACAGCACCGGCAACGAUCUGAAGAAGGACAUUGGAAAAAUCGAAAACGCAGCCGGUCUAGACCACACGUUGAUUAGUACAACUCUGUCGCCAAACUCGAGCAAAGUGCCACUGAUCGGCGGAAAGGAAGGCUCCGAAGAAAACCAGCAUCCCGCCGCGGAGGAAAACGAAGACGUUUCGGCGUUGUUCUCGUUUCUGCAAGUGCUGACGGCAACCUUCGGUAGCUUUGCUCAUGGUGGCAACGACGUGAGCAAUGCGAUCGGACCGUUGAUUGCUCUCUUUAUGAUCUACCGGGAAGGCUCGGUACUGCAAAAGUCUGAAACUCCUCUGGCAAUUCUACUGUACGGCGGUAUCGGUAUCUCCGUCGGAUUGUGGCUGUGGGGACGUCGUGUUAUCGAGACGAUUGGAAACGAUCUCACAAAGAUCACACCUUCGACUGGUUUCACCAUUGAGAUCGGUGCCGCCUUUACGGUGCUCCUGGCGUCCAAGAUCGGUUUGCCCAUUUCCACCACCCACUGCAAGGUCGGCUCGGUAGUGUUUGUCGGACAGGCCAGCGCACCAAAGAAGCUCUCGCCGGACGAGGAAAAGGCUAUGAAGCUGCGAAAUCCGCACGAGCACCAUCACUACGCCACGGGGCAGCAGAAGGCCGUCGAUUGGGGUCUCUUCCGGAAUAUAGUGUACGCCUGGGUGGUCACCGUACCGGUUGCGGCACUGCUCAGUGCAGGAUUCAUGUACGCACUGUGUGCCAUAGUGCUGUGAAACAACGACGAGGAUGCAUAGUGGGAUAGGACGGAAAAAGUCGUCUUGUGAGGGAAACUGCUGCUGUUUUAAACGUUGUUAAUUUGUUUGGAUAAGAUGUCUCAGAUCCUAUUACGGAUUUUAGUUCAGGUCAAAGUUUUGAAAGCGUUUUUUAUGGGUGAAUGAGUUUUUGUAACUGUUUUAUUUAUAAUUUGUUUUAGAGGAAAACGCAAAACAGUCUGAAAUAUAAAUGAUUUUGUAAGGUAUUUUUUGAACGAAAAGUAUACUUAGAGAAAAACUUAUUGUUUUUUGUCUUGGCUUCCUAUUAUGGAAAACGAAGCUUUUAGUUGUACUUCAUUUUAAUGGAGCUUUUGCAGCAAAUAAACGUAGUUUUAUCUCGAUGAUUAAGUAUAAUAGCUGGGAGUAGUUACAAGGAUAAAUACAAUAAUUAUUUUUAAGUGUAAAUCUCAAAUAAAACAAGUGAUAACCCACAAAAUUAGAACAAAAUAAAAAUCGCUGUUGAAAACCAAAAAACAAUCAAACGAACUGCACUUGUUUCGACUCAAUCAGUAAACACACACACACUGUCAAUUUUGUACAACCAUAACUGCUAACGCUCGCUUUUUGCUUAGAAUCAUCGGGAGUUUUAUUAAACACACGCUCAUUUUGGAACACUGGUUUAUUUGCACGCUCAGAGUGCGUUAUGCUUUGCUAAUGAAUUGCUUUCUUGCUCCACUGUAUUGGUAUUGAUUUUACUAAACCAAAACGCUGAGUUUCCUCUCAUUCAAGCACUGAAAACCACUUUCAUCCCAUGAAAUCCGGUAGAUAAUAGCAUUGAUGUCCCGCCCAGCGCCAAUAUGCUUAGAAGUGUGCUGCUUGGGCGGUAGUGAUAUUGCAACAAAAAAUAAUGAAUGUGUUACUGUGAAAAUCGAAAUCGUUGUUGAAUUAAAUGUUCGCUUCAGGGCCCCCACGUGUAAAACGGUAGACAACCCUGUAGCGGUAAUCCUCAUAGGAGUCCAUGUGUAUUUAUAGAGACGCAGAACAGGCAGAAUUCGGAAACGGAGUGGCCCCACCACUUGACGACAGAACGUUAUCUUGUUUUCCAUUCCCGCUUACCGUAUUAUGCAUCCUCUUAGUUGUUGAUGCGCAAAUUUGAGCAGCCCCCUAAGCUACUGCUGCUUGCUUCCUCCCAUACCAACCUAGGCGUAACAAAUCGAAUUUCUCAUUUCUUUUGAAUUUAUUUUAUGAUUUUUCUCUCAUGUUUCUAAUAAUUCUUAGCUGCUAAUUAGAAGAGCGAAAAGUAGGUUCCACUGAUAGUUUAGCGAUCAAAUCGUCUCGUAUAAUAGUGUUUGGCAAAAUGCUUAGACCGAAAAAACAAAUGUGUAGAACAUUGAAUGACCACAAACAUCUGGUAGUCGAGCAGGAAACGUAAAAUUUAUAUUAGAAUUAUUAAUUACUUAUAUUAAGGGUGAUACUUACAAUUAAAUAAAAAAGAGGACAAGUGGAAAAAGAUAAAGCAGAAAACAAAACAAAAUAAUAAAAACAAAGCUAAGAAGGCAUUUUCCAUUGAAACCCAAUAAAUGUUAUGCUCUCCGGUGUCGAAGCGCCCAGCGUGAAACCUUCUGUAAUACGAAGCCACGUGCAGCACUCGACACUAUCAUUUCGAUUGAGCUAAACGCGCAGACAGGAAGACAAAAAAGACUUGGAAAAUCGUUUACUUACGCUGGGGAAAAUGUCGUCUUUCAUUUUUGGAAAUUGGUAAUAUCCAAACCAGCAGAUUCAAAGUUCAAUUAUGAAGGCUGUACCGCAACGAAAUACUUAAUUAUUGGGUGGUUGUACUUAACAAAGGCAAUGAAUAGCGAUUCGUUGAAGAAAUGGCAACUUAAAGGCACCCGCCCAUGUUUUGAAGAAGUUUGUCGAUGUGAUCGAAGCAAUUAAGUAAGGAAUCAUACGUUUUGAAGAAAAAGGAAACUGGGCUGGUUUAGCGUAUAACUUUGAAUAGUGUAAUUUCUAAAAGUGAAAGAUGUCAACCAAAAAAAAAAAUCAAAUAACAUUGUAAGGUACAUAGAAAGUAAUAAAUCUUUCAUCCUGACACGAUGUGCAA